AUGACCAUGCAUGUUUUAAAGAGCACUGCCCCAGAAUCGUACACUUUGAUCGUCAGCGAAAGUACCCACUUAUCAACAGAAGUUGUAAUGACUACAGAACAUCAGUCAACAUCAAUAGAGGUGAUAAGCUCAACAGACGAAGAUUGUGAAUGCAUUGGGAAAACAAAUAUCAGCAGCGGUGUGUACGAAAUAAAUGUUAAUGGAAACUCGGUCAAAGUCUAUUGUAAAAUGAUUCACGGAUAUAAUUGGAUGGUUAUAUUCAGACGAACUGUAGGAAAUGUGGUUUUUGACCGAGUAUGGACAAACUAUGAAAAUGGGUUUGGAUACAUCAAUGGGGACUUUUGGAUAGGUUUAAAUAAUCUAAGCUAUUUUACAAAUACCGGCUUAGGAGUCAUGAGGGUUGAAAUGGAUGAUAUCGAUGGCUACAGUGGUUACGCACAAUAUAGUAAUUUCCUUGUUGGUGACACAUCAACAAAAUACAAGCUUUCCGUAGCGGGGUAUGGCGGAACAUCUGGAUGUACGUUUUAUUAG